UUGAUCUUUUUCAAAUUGUUGACUUUAUCCGCCCUUUGGUGUUGCUUGGUCGUGGUGAAUGGCAAAUGUUUGCGGUGGAAGAAGAGGGGAGCAUAGGUAGUGCUGACGGUUUCUGAUUUGGCUAUAAACUAGCUAACGAACUUAACAAAAAACUCUUCAAAAAUGUUCAGUUUCAGUAUCUGAAGAUAAUGAAAUCCCAUGAAUCUGAGAAAAAAUAUGUAUAUACUAGGGACAAGCCCCUGCCUUACUAUUUACAUAAUAGACAGCUAUAUUUUCCAGCCAACAUUAGUUGCGAAAAAGCUAGUUUGCCAACUCUGAAGCCAGCCAGCACGUGUGAACAACAAAAAUGACUGAUUUUGACAAAUAUUUGGAAGAAGCAGUCACCAAGGACCUGCCCAGCUCCGAGGACGAGGCAGACAUCAAAGACGAGGACACCUGUAGCGUUCAAGAGCUUGCCGCCAAUUUCCGGCUGCAGUACAAGCCGCAAGAUGAAUCGGUGGUUUCGCUGAAGCGGGACUAUGUACUGAGUCUAGGUGCAGACCACAGAUUCACCCGGAUAGCUGCCGGUCUGUCCAGCACAGCCGUUCACAUCUACGAUUUGGAGACGGCCGGGGGAUUGAAAACCGUGCAAGAUGUACCCGCCAAAGAAAAGACCGAAAUGGGCGCUACCAUCUGUGGAGUGCAGUUUCUCGAUGAGGGCUCCGAUGCCCUGCUUGUGGGCACCACUGAUGGAAUGGUGCGUCUCUUUGACCUACGUACCUCAGGCGAGCAGGCCAGAUUCGAGUACAAAAGCGAACCAGAGGCUCAAUUCCCACAGGUGCCCAAAUCCCUAACAUGCUUUGAUCGGAAUGCCAAUAGCAGAAUUAUUUGCUGCGGCACGGAGCAGUACAUCGGCAGUGUCCAUCUACUGUUCUUCGAUGUGAGAGAGCGCAAGCAACUGGGUGGCUUCUACGAGAGCCACCAAGAUGAUGUGACCUCAGUGCGCUUCCACGAUCGAAAUCCAGAUAUGCUCUGCACCGGAGGCACCGAUGGCCUCAUCAAUUUGUUUGACAUCAAACAGACCGACGAGGACGAGGCCCUGCAGAACACGAUCAAUACGGAGAGUAGUGUGCACCGACUGAACUGGCAUCGUAACGUCUACGAUAAGGACAUCAUCUCAUGUAUUACCCAUACCAAUGAUUUUAAGAGCUACGAGUGCGAGGAGGGCGACGAGGUGGCUUCGUUUGAACGGUCCGGUAUCACUGAGGCUAUUCGACGAAAGAAUGCGGGUAAUUUCAACCUGAUAAAUGCCCAUAAUCUGGAGGACAAUGGCGUGUUCCUUUUGGCAGGCACUAACUACAAUCGCGGAGAGAUCCUGCGCUCUGUGAGCGUCCUAUCCAAAGAAAAGCUCGAACCAUUGGCCAAUUUCGCGGGUAAUAAGCAAAUCGUUCGGGACAGUCUAUUCGAUGCCAAGCGCCAGCUGCUGGUGACGGGCGGCGAGAGCGGCAUUGUCAGCGUUUGGACGCAGGAUGCCACUGGAAACGCGAGCAACAGUGGCAAGCUGAAAACCAAGAUAAAAUCCCACAAAAAGACGCCGUAUUAAAUAUACCAGUACACGUUAUAUGUUUUUAAAUAAUGGAGAGUUCCAACAGAUGUUCUUUC